AUGUCUCAAUCACCAUAUCAGACGCCCGACGCUGGACCUCCUGCUCAGGACGACCACCGCUACACCUUCUCGACCGUGUCGCCUGUGCAGGAAGAAACGUGUUCGCCGCUUGAUGCUGCGACGAAACCCCUACACUCGACCUCGCCGCCGCGCAAGUCAGCCAACACCGGCCCUUCUACGCCCGUCGGCCCUCUGAGCCCGUCAGCUACCGACCGCGUUUUCCCCAUACGAAGUGCCAUUAGCGUCGAUCCCUCACCGACCCCAAAAGGUGCCCAGUCCCAGGGUGACUAUUUCCAUCCCUACUCCCGAACGAACGACCCGCGCCUCACGUCCGACCGCAGAGCCUCACAGGGCUCUGCCACAUCACAGUCCUCGCAUGCUUCGCAACGGGGCUGGCCCAUGCGCCAUAGCGCAAGCAAAGCAGAUCCGGGCCGGGGAAAUGGCUCGAAAAGAGCAACUUCACAGCUACCACCUGCCCAGCUAUUCAAUGAUAUUUCCUCUACACGAUCAACGGGUACGGGGAGCGUGCAGGAAAACAGUCGCUCGCCGUCAUUCAAGGUUGAUCGCCCACCAUCCGUGAGCGCGGCCUCCGCCAAAAGUGGAAUCAGCAGUCUGGACAUGGGCGGUUUGGUGGCACAUCGAUUUAAGCAUGUCGUAACAGACGGAGGCCAUAUGGUUAUUACUGGGCGCGAGGGCGAUACGUUGCAGCGGUGUGAGGAUGAGCCAAUUCACCUACCGGGUGCCGUACAGGGCUUUGGCCUCUUGGUGGCGCUGCAGGAUGAUUCCGAAGGCAGUUUGCUGGUGCGCAUCGUCAGCGAGAACUCUAGAAGGAUCCUUGGACGUACUCCGAAAGAGCUGUUCGCGCUGGAGAGCUUCACGGACAUUUUGUCCGAGGAGCAAGCCGACAACCUCCUGGACCACAUCGAUUUCAUCAAAGACGAGGACUCCGACGUGACCUCAAACGGGCCCGAAGUUUUCACCAUGUCUAUCAAGGUCGCAGGACACAGCCGGACGCGUAAGCUGUGGUGUGCAAUCCAUAUCAACGAAACGAACCCCGGUCUGGUGAUCUGCGAAUUCGAGCUCGAAGAAGACCCACUAUACCCACUUGUACCGCCCAAUGAUCUUACACCUGAGCUGCCGGAAGAUACUUUGUCCAGUCAGCCUACAGCUGAGGAGUUGUUGGAGAGCACAGAGAUCAAGAGCAAGCCCUUGCGAGUUCUCCGCAGUGCACGGAAACGGAAAGGUGAAGCUGCUGCGAUGGAGGUCUUCAACAUCAUGUCUCAGGUGCAAGAACAACUAGCCGCGGCGCCAUCGUUAGAAAAAUUCCUAAAAGUGCUUGUUGGUGUUGUCAAAGAAUUGACAGGCUUCCAUCGCGUUAUGAUUUACCAAUUCGACCAAACGUUCAACGGACGUGUUGUUACAGAACUCGUAGACCCCCGAGCCACAAAGGAUCUCUACAAAGGCUUGAACUUUCCUGCUUCAGACAUUCCCAAGCAGGCGCGAGAAUUGUAUAAGCUCAACAAAGUCCGUAUGCUCUACGAUCGCGACCAGCAAACAGCACGUCUCGUGUGUCGUACAGCCGAAGAUUUGGAAACCCCUCUCGAUCUCACCCACUCGUAUCUGCGCGCAAUGUCUCCGAUUCAUCUCAAGUAUCUCAACAACAUGGCUGUGAGAUCAUCAAUGUCCAUCUCCAUCAAUGCUUUCAACGAGUUGUGGGGUCUCAUUGCUUGCCACUCUUAUGGACCUCGCGGUAUGCGAGUCUCUUUCCCUAUCCGCAAAAUGUGCCGUAUGGUAGGUGAUGCAGCAUCGAGGAACAUCGAACGACUGUCGUAUGCAUCAAGGCUGCAGGCCAGAAAGCUGAUAAACACUGUACCAACUCAACACAAUCCUUCAGGAUACAUCAUUGCCUCCUCGGACGAUCUUCUCAAACUUUUCGAUGCCGACUUUGGCCUAUUGUCGAUUCGCGACGAGACCAAGAUACUAGGUACCUUGGAGAACUCUCAAGAAGCGCUGGCCAUGUUGGAGUACCUCAGGAUGAGGAAAAUCCAGGCUGUCAUGACGUCUACAGACAUUGUCUCAGACUUCCCAGACCUGCGAUACCCACCUGGCUUCCAUGUCAUAGCAGGCAUGCUCAUAGUACCCUUGUCAGUAGACGGUGAGGACUUCAUCGUCUUCUUCCGGAAGGGUCAGCUGAAAGAAGUCAAAUGGGCUGGUAAUCCUUAUGAGAAGUUUAUCAAAGAAGGCACAGAGGGCUAUUUGGAACCUCGAAAGAGUUUCAAAACAUGGUCCGAGACGGUUGUUGGGAAAUGCCGAGAGUGGACAGAAGAAGAAAUCGAGACGGCUUCUGUAUUGUGCUUGGUCUACGGCAAGUUCAUCGAAGUCUGGAGACAGAAGGAAGCAGCUUUACAAAGCAGCCAGUUGACACGGCUACUGCUUGCAAACUCGGCGCAUGAAGUGCGAACACCUCUAAAUGCCAUUAUCAAUUACCUCGAAAUAGCUCUGGAGGGUGCUCUGGAUACGGAAACCCGUGAAAAUCUUUCAAGAUCUCAUUCCGCAUCCAAGUCACUCAUCUAUGUCAUCAACGAUCUCUUGGAUUUGACAAAAACGGAAGAGGGCGGCCCACUCAUCAAGGGCGAAUCCUUCGACUUCCAAGAGACCAUCAAAGAGGCUACUGAUAUGUUCCGCAACGACGCCAAACGCAAGAGUAUAAAGUACGAAGUCAUCGAACAUCCAGGUCUACCGAAACACUGCAUUGGAGAUCAGCGCCGGAUACGGCAAGCCAUCUCCAAUAUUACAGCCAACGCAAUCCAACAUACCACACAGGGAACUGUCAAGGUUGAGAUAUACGUCACAGGCCAGCCAUCGGUAGAUCAUGUCGAUGUCGAAGUAGCUGUGUCUGAUACAGGAGCCGGUAUGAGCCAGAAGAAGCUUGAUCAACUGUUCUACGACCUUGAACAAGUCCAUUCUGAGCCCACCUCCAUGAUAGAGGAUGCACUUCUACCCGAUCAAAAACACAUUGCAAAGCAAGAUCCUGACUCUGCUGCGUCGCGGAAGAGGUCUAAGAGCCUUGAGCAUAUCAGCACUCAGAGCAUCGUUCCACCGCACCAAAGAAGUAUGGAAUCAGGAGGACCUGGCGAGGAGAAUAUUUUUGGCUCGAAUGCUCCUGUGACAGCGUUGAAAAUGCCAGACGAGGGCGGUGACUCACCAAUCGGCCUACGUAGAAGUGGAAGCAUACUUGGCGAAGUUAAGAGCGAGUCGCCGCCUGGACCGACACCUCAGACACAACCGACGCCCCCGACAGACGCAACUCAGCCAUCUCCCGAGCCCGAGCCUGCGAACCUAUCGCCGAACAACAUGCGCGUACUCGUGGCUGAAGAUGAUCCAGUGAACAGCAGGAUCGUCAAGAAGCGAUUAGAGAAACUCGGACACCAGGUGCACCUCACCGUCAAUGGCGAGGAGUGCUCGUCUGCAUUCUGCGACAACUCUCAAGAGACUGACAUCAUCUUGAUGGAUAUGCAGAUGCCAAUCGUGGACGGACUCACCUCGACCAAGAUGAUAAGGUCAUUCGAAAAGCUACAUCAAAACAUCUAUUCGCCACGAGCAGCCAUAUGUGGGCGCGUUCCCAUUAUUGCUGUUUCAGCAUCGUUAAUUGAGCGUGAUCGACAAACGUACAUCGACGCCGGAUUCGAUGCAUGGAUUCUCAAACCCAUCUCAUUCGAUCGACUGAACAAACUCAUGACCGCUGUGGUGGAUAAAGAAAUCCGCAAUGACUGCCUGUACCAGCCUGGCGCGUGGGAAAAGGGUGGCUGGUUCCACACCGGAAAGCAUAGCGCCGGAGAGGUGGACACAAAGCCGUCAGGAGAAGCUCCUGUAACCAACCCCUCUGAAGAGAUGGAGGAGGCGAUCAUCCGAGACGAUGAUCCAAUGGCUGGCGAGAAAAAGGAGGAGGGUGACAUACCCGAAGAGCAGGAACGGCUCCUGGAAAAUCAAGCGGAAGGAAAGACGGAACCACCCGAGGACAGCGCCGAGAAACCCCCAGCUUGA